AUGGACUCGGCCAGUUUCCCGUUCUUCUGGAUAUGCUCACUGUGGGUCUUGGGACCAAGUUGGAUUUGUGGCCAACAAGUUACACAGCCCCAGUCCAUCAGGAUAGAGGGGGACAUCACACUAGGUGGACUCUUCCCCGUGCAUGCCCGUGGCGCAGCUGGAGUGCCAUGUGGAGAAGUGAAGAAGGAAAAGGGGAUCCAUCGCAUGGAAGCCAUGCUCUACGCUCUGGACCAGAUCAACAGUGACCCCUACCUGCUUCCCAACAUGACCUUGGGGGCUCGCAUCCUGGAUACCUGCUCUCGCGACACCUACGCCUUGGAGCAGUCGCUGACUUUUGUCCAGGCUCUUAUCCAGAAGGACACCUCCGACGUGCGCUGCUCCAAUGGUGAGCCGCCCAUCAUCUCCAAGCCUGAGCGCGUGGUGGCCGUCAUUGGGGCCUCCGCCAGCUCUGUCUCCAUCAUGGUUGCUAACGUGCUCCGCCUUUUUGCUAUCCCCCAGAUCAGCUAUGCCUCUACCGCACCAGAGCUCAGCGACAGCAACCGCUAUGACUACUUCUCCCGCGUGGUGCCUCCCGACUCCUACCAGGCCCAAGCCAUGGUGGACAUAGUAAAGGCCCUGGGCUGGAAUUAUGUUUCUACUCUAGCAUCUGAGGGAAACUACGGCGAGAGUGGCGUUGACGCCUUUGUGCAGAUCUCCCGGGAGGCUGGUGGAGUCUGCAUUGCCCAGUCCAUCAAGAUCCCGCGAGAACCCAAGCCGGGCGAGUUUGACAAACUCAUCAAGCGCUUGAUGGAGACCCCCAAUGCCCGUGGUAUCAUCAUCUUCGCAAACGAAGACGACAUCAAGCGAGUGUUGGAAGCUGCGCGCCGCGCCAACUUAACCGGGCAGUUCCUGUGGGUGGGUUCAGACAGCUGGGGCUCCAAGGUCUCCCCUAUUCUGAAGCUGGAGGACGUAGCUGAGGGAGCUGUGACCAUCUUACCCAAACGAGCCUCAAUUGAAGGUUUCGACCAGUACUUUACCACGCGCUCUCUAGAGAACAACCGACGCAACAUCUGGUUUGCCGAAUACUGGGAAGAGGAUUUCAAGUGCAAACUGACCCGGCCGGGGUUGCAACCUGAUGAGGAGGUGCGGAAAUGCACAGGGGAAGAGCGGAUUGGACGUGAUUCAACAUAUGAGCAGGAGGGAAAGGUGCAAUUUGUCAUCGAUGCUGUCUAUGCCAUGGCCCACGCUUUACACAACAUGCAAAUGGAACUCUGUCCGGGCCAGAUUGGGGUGUGCGACAAGAUGGAUCCCAUUCACGGACGCACGCUGCUGCACUACAUCCUCUCUGUCAACUUCAAUGGCAGUGCCGGGACACCCGUGAUGUUCAAUGAGAACGGAGACGCACCUGGACGCUAUGACAUUUUCCAGUAUCAGCUCACCAACACCACAAACCCCGGGUACAAAGCCAUUGGGCAGUGGACAGAAUAUCUCCGUCUGAAUAUCGAGGACAUGCAAUGGUCUGGCGGCCAGAAAGAGAUCCCCAGUUCAGUGUGCAGCCUUCCCUGUAAUUCGGGCGAACGGAAGAAAAUGGUAAAGGGGGUAUCCUGCUGUUGGCACUGCGAGUUGUGUGACGGCUACCAGUACCAGCUGGACGAGUUCACCUGCGAAAUGUGCCCCUUUGACAUGAGGCCCAACCCCAACCGCACGGCGUGUCGUCCGACGCCCAUCGUCAAGCUUGAAUGGAGCUCGCCCUGGGCCGUUCUGCCUAUCUUCUUAGCCAUUCUGGGCAUUCUCGGUACUGUUUUUAUUGUCAUCACCUUCAUCCGAUUCAAUGACACACCCAUCGUCCGGGCCUCGGGUCGCGAGCUGAGCUAUGUCCUCCUCACUGGGAUUUUCCUUAUCUACACCAUCACUUUUUUGAUGAUCGCCGAGCCCGGAGUCACCGUCUGCGCCUUCCGACGGCUCUUCCUGGGCUUGGGUAUGGCCAUCAGCUAUUCCGCCCUGUUGACCAAAACCAACCGGAUCUACCGGAUCUUCGAACAAGGCAAGAAGUCGGUGACCCCGCCCAAAUUCAUCAGCCCGACCUCUCAGCUGGUCAUCACUUUCAGCCUCAUGUCCGUGCAGAUCGUCAGCGUGAUCAUCUGGCUAGGGGUGCAACCCCCUCACAGCAUCAUCGACUACGAAGAGCAGCGUACGCCCAACCCCGAAUUUGCUCAGGGGGUGCUCAAAUGCGACAUGUCGGACUUGUCCAUUAUCUGCUGCCUCAGCUACAGCAUCCUCUUGAUGGUCACCUGCACUGUCUAUGCUAUCAAGGCUCGAGGCGUGCCUGAGAACUUCAACGAGGCCAAGCCGAUAGGCUUCACCAUGUACACAACCUGCAUCGUUUGGCUGGCCUUCGUGCCCAUCUUCUUCGGCACUGCCCAAUCAGCAGAGAAGAUAUACAUUCAGACGACAACGCUAACGGUUUCCAUGAGCCUGAGUGCUUCGGUGUCCCUUGGGAUGCUCUACGUGCCCAAGGUGUACAUCAUCAUCUUCCACCCAGAGCAGAACGUCCAGAAGCGCAAGCGCAGCUUCAAAGCAGCAGCCACGGCAGUCAACGCCUCCACAAGACUAUCACAGAAAGGUGCCCAGAACGGGGAGAGCAAAGACGAGAAGCCGGACAGCCUCCCGAAGGUGAUGUACAUCAGCUACACAGAACUAACAAUGGUGCCCACAUGA